UAGUGUCAAUGUCAGCUGAUAGCAUCCCUACAAGGUUCCCUCAUCCAAGCUCUUGGAACGCGCGGGCUGUGGCCUGUCGUAGGAUUCUUGUAUGUCCCAGCUAAGGAGCACCAUGGAGGAACAUCAUCAGGAAGCUGGGAAUGAGAGUAAGUUUUCAUCCACGUCAGUGGCUCUGCAGCGGGACAGUCCCUUGCAGGUGGAGCUUUCUGAUGCAGUGAGCGAGCAGGACAAAGUGAAGUUCACUGUUCAAACCAAGAGUGGCCUCCCUCACUUUGCCCAGCCUGAGUUCUCAGUGGUUCGGCAGCAUGAAGAGUUCAUCUGGCUACAUGAUGCCUACGUGGAAAAUGAAGAGUACACAGGCCUCAUCCGGAUUCCCCCAGCCCCUCCCAGGCCAGACUUUGAGGCUUCAAGGGAAAAGCUGCAGAAGUUGGGUGAGGGCAGCAGCUCCAUCACCAGGGAAGAAUUUGCCAAGAUGAAGCAGGAGCUAGAAGCAUGAUAUCUGGCCAUCUUUAAGAAGACUGUUGCGAUGCACGAAGUCUUCCUGCAGCGCCUGGCAGCCCAUCCUGCCCUGCGUCGGGAUCACUACUUCUCUGUCUUCUUGGAGUAUAGUCAGGAUCUGAGUGUCGGAGAGAAGAACAGGAAGGAGGUCUUGGGAGGGUUCCUCAGGAGCAUCGUCAGGUCUGCAGAUGAAGCCCUCAUCACCGGCAUAUCUGGGCUCAAGGAGGUAGAUGACUUCUUUGAGCAUGCAAGGACCUUCCUAGUAGAGUACCACACCCGAAUCUGAGACACCUGCCAGAGAGCCGACCGAGUUUUGCACUCGCACAAGUGCCUGGCAGACAACUAUAUCCCUAUCUCAGCUACACUGAGCAGUCUUGGUACCCAGGAGGUCAACCAACUGAAGAGGAGCUUCCUGAAGCUGGCAGAGCUCUUUGACCGACUGAGGAAGCUGGAAGGCCGGGUAGCCUCUGAUGAGGACCUGAAGCUGUCUGACAUGUUGAGAUACUACAUGCGAGACUCACAGGCAGCCAAGGACCUGCUGUACCAGAGGCUUCGGGCAUUGGCUUACUAUGAGAAUGCUAACAAGGCUCUAGACAAAGCUCAGACUAGGAACCGGGAAGUGCAGCCAGCAGAGAGCCACCAACAGCUGUGCUGCCAGCGCUUUGAGCGCCUCUCUGACUCCGCCAAACAAGAGCUCAUGGACUUCAAGUCUCGCCGCAUCUCCUCUUUCCGGAAGAAUCUCAUCGAGUUGGCAGAGCUGGAGCUCAAGCAUGCCAAGGCCAGCACCCUGCUUCUCCAGAGCACCCUUGUUGCCCUUAAGGGAGAGCCUUAGAGAAAGCAGACUCUUCAUUGACAGCUGUCCUCAGUCUCAGGCCUACUCCUUAUCAAGAUGCCUCCCUUCUCUACCUUGUGGGCCACUAGCCACACCCUUACUCUUCCUCGGGCAAAGGCAGGCCCAAAGGCAGUUGGCCCAGCCUGACAGCAAAGCAAGGGGGUGGGGAACACAUGGGGCUACAAGCAAGCAGAGUUCCUAGGGAACUAGGAACGCCUAGUUCCCCCCUCCAGCAGGCUGAGUCAAAGCUCCACACCUCCAUCCAGCCACAGGCUUUUAGCAUUCCCAUGGGCUCCUCACAGAUAAACAGCCGUUUCAUUGCCAGAGUCAGUUUGCCUUUACUUUUUCCAAAAGGCAUGGAGACCACACAAAAAAUGGCGAUGGCCCACACUUCUGGGAAUUGUAUCACCCUCAGUUCUUUCCAGAACAUAUUUCCCAGUCUGUUGCUGCAGCUUAGAGGUGGAGGGAGGGCUUGCCUACCACACAUAAAGCCCUGAGUUCAAUGCCCAGCUCCACAGAAAAACAAGUCCUCCUGUGUCUGUCAUCUCUUACACAAAACAGAAUGGGACAGCCUUAAUGAGUCUGUGGUCUUCAAAAGAAAUCAAAGCAACAUGUAACAUAAAACCUUAAUAAAGAAAACAGCCUUACAGAUCUAAAUGUUA